AUGUCUGCAGCGGCUGUAAAAAAGGAAAACGAAACUCCACAAGCAAAUGGACCAAAGAAAAUUGACGAUAAUAAACCACCACCAAAGGGACCGGGCGGUGACGAAGUUAAUUCAAAUAAUAAAUUUCAUGGGGGACGCGGCCCUCGUGGUGGCGGCGGCGGCGGCGGUGGUGGUGGUCCUAGAGGACCCGGUGGACGAGGUCCUGGAGGAAUGGAUCACAGGAAUAAAGGACCAAGAAGGGAUGAUCACAGAAUUAAAGUUGAGAUGAAUAAUUCAGAUAGUGGUCUUGGUGAUCAAAACAGGCAUAGAAGCGGAGGAGGCCCUGGCAUAACUAGUGGAGGGCCUAUGUCAAGAGAUGAAAGAAUGCAAAGAUCUCAAGAUGAUCGACUUAUAGAUAGGAUAGCAACAAUAUCUGGUCCCACAAUAGAACUACCUCCAGUAGAUGCAAAAGAAAAAAAAUUUUCUGGUAGAUGUAGAUUAUAUAUAGGUAAUUUGGCAAAUGAUGUGACAGAAGAAGAAAUAAAGCAAUUGUUUGCUCCAUAUGGUGAAACUUCAGAAAUAUUUAUUAAUUCGGAAAAGAUGUUUGCUUUUGUUCGAGUGGACUACAGAUCGAAUGCAGAGAAAGCCAAAAGAGAAUUGGAUGGUUUUAUGAGGAAAGGACGUCCCCUUAAAGUUCGAUUUGCACCUCAUAGUGCAGCAAUUAAAGUCAAAAAUUUAAAUCAAUGGGUUACAAAUGAGCUGCUCGAGUGGGCUUUUCAAGUAUUUGGAGAGAUUGAAAGAGCAGUUGUUAUCGGUGAUGAACGUGGAAAAUCUACAGGCGAAGGUAUUGUAGAAUUUGCUAGAAAACCUGGAGCUACUCAAGCAUUAAGAAGAUGUACAGAAGGAUGUUAUUUUAUAACAUCAUCAUUAAGACCAGUAAUUGUUGAGCCUUUAGAUCAGGUAGAUGACAUUGAUGGAUAUUCAGAAAAAAGUCUUUUUAAAAAAGGACCAGAAUUUUUUAAAGAACGCGAAGUGGGACCUCGAUUUGCUAAUCACGGAAGUUUCGAGUUUGAAUACGGGACUCGUUGGAAACAACUUCAUGAAUUAUACAAACAAAAGGAAGAAGCUCUUAGACGUGAAAUGAAAAUGGAGGAAGAAAAAUUAGAAGCUCAAAUGGAAUAUGCAAAAUAUGAACAUGAAACUGAACUUUUACGAGAACAGUUGAGGCUUCGAGAGCAGGAUAAAGAACGACAAAAACGUGAAUGGGAAUUGAAAGAAAGACAAGCGGAGGAGCAAAGACGAAGUGAUGAAGAAAUGAUGAGACGACAAGCGGAAGAAAUGCAAUUAAGAAUUCAUAGACAAGAAGAAGAAUUGAGGAGAAGGCAACAGGAAAAUACGUUAUUUAUGCAAGCCCAUCAGUUAAACAGUUUAUUAGAUCAACAAGAACAGGCAUUAGGUAGUGGACCUGGAGGUUAUGAUUCUGCUGGCCGUGGUCAUAUGGAUAUGCAACCUGGAAGAGAUUAUGACCAAGGAUCGAUGGGCAACAUGCCAAUGGUAAUGUACACUUUUCCUUUCUACUCUAGUAAGUAG